GAGGGAGGGAGGGAGAGAGAGAGAGAGAGAGAGAGAGAGAGAGAGAGAGAGAGACGCGGGGUGGGCAGACGGAGAGACACACUUCCACUGUGCAGACGGGACUCACACCAGGUACACGCACGCUCAGACGCGCGCGGGUCGCGGCACGCUCCGCGGUGUUUCUUCUCCUCGUCCGAAGGCUCGGGGAGCUUUUCCUGGUGGGCUCGAGCUUACUCGGUUUCGGUGCGCGAGGCUACUUUCUCAUUUUUGCCAUGAAGCCUUCGCUGAGAAAAGCACCGCGCGGCGCCAAUCGCGUGUCGAAGAAGUGACAUGGAGACCAACUACGCCGUACUUUUGUGAAUGUUUUGAGAUUCGCGUUUUAAAAACAAACAAACAAACAAAAAAAACCCAAGAAACAAAAAAAAACCCUUUCGAUUCCAUCGCAGAAAUCGGAGAUCCUUUAGGUCGAAAGGGCUUUUAAUAAACAUGGAGGCGGCCGCGGGCUUCCAGCCUCACGCGGGACUUCAGCAAACUCUGAAGCAGUUUCAUUUGAGCUCCAUGCGCUCUCUCGGCGGACCGGCGGCGUUCUCGGCGCGCUGGCAGCACGACCUGCCCUUCAAGAAAGACGGCAAAAGCGUCGACGGGAUCCCGACCCUGCCCGCGCAGACGCCCCCGGCCAUGCCCGGGCCGCUGUUCAUCCCCUCCGACCGCUCCACCGAAAGGUGCGAGACGGUCCUGGAGCGCGAAACCAUCUCGUGCUUCGUGGUGGGCGGCGAGAAGCGGCUGUGCCUGCCGCAGAUCCUCAACAGCGUGCUGCGAGACUUCUCCCUGCAGCAGAUCAACUCCGUGUGCGACGACCUGCACAUCUACUGCUCCAGGUGCACGGCGGACCAGCUCGAGAUCCUCAAAGUGAUGGGUGUCCUGCCCUUCUCGGCACCCUCGUGCGGACUCAUCACGCAGACGGACGCGGAGCGCCUGUGCAACGCCCUCGUCCACGGCGGCACGUUCCCGCCGCGCUCCGACAAAGACGCGUCGGGUCCGGUGGACCCGGAGCGCGCGGGAGGAAGCUUCAGGGUCUACCACGAGUGCUUCGGACGGUGCAAGGGCCUGUUCGUGCCGGAGCUGUACGCCAGUCCCGGGGCGGCGUGCAUCCAGUGCCUGGACUGCAGGUUACUGUUCCCCACGCAGAAGUUCGUGGUCCAUAGCCACAAGCGGCUGGAGAAUAGGACGUGUCACUGGGGCUUCGACUCCUCCAACUGGAGAGCUUAUAUUCUUUUGGAUCAGGACUAUACCGAGAAAGAGGAGAAAGCGCGACUCCAGCAACUGCUCGGUGAAUUAAAGGGGAAAUUUGACCUCGGGAACAAACGCAAGAAUGCGUCUUUCAGGGCAUACAGUCCUGUUCCGACCAAGAAGUCAAAACGUGAGCGUUCCCACUCUCCGGGAGAGGGCAGGGACAAGCAAACCGAUUGGCUGCAGACUCUGGCCGCGGGCAAGGACCUCCGGCAGCUCCAGUUCCAGCAGAGGCCGUCUGCCUUCCGCCCGUGGUCCCCCCGGGUCCCCUCGGCCGAGAGAGCGCCGCCCAACUGUAAACAAGAGCGAUCCCUCCCCAAAGGCCACAACAGACCGCCCACCCCUGGUGAGGCUCCGCCCACCCCUGGUGAGGCUCCGCCCCCCUACACACAAAGACACGACACAGCCCCCGACGCACGGCUGGCCGAGCAGGGGCCAUCUGGAGAAGGCCAGACGCAGACCGCAACCCACAGCCCUCAACCCCCGCAUGACGAGUCCAGCUCAGACGGCGAGAUCGAGGUGGACAACUGUGAGGAGGUGGUGCGUUCCCUGGGUGACGGGCCAGGGGCCCUGCCCGCGGCGCCCAGCCCAGCGGAGGUGAGCGAGGCCAGGCUGGCUGGCAUGGCGGUGACCUGCUCGGAGCUGGAGGCCCUACGCCACACACUGUACAGUGACCUGAGCUCCAGGGAGGCCAGGGAGAGGUUCCUGCAGGAGAUCAUGCGCAUGAGGGUGCGUCAGGAGGAGAAGCUCGCUACAGCCCUGCAGGCCAAAAGGAGCCUGGAGCAGGAGCUGGAGUUCGUGCGGGCGACCAAGAAGGGGCGUCUGCGCGAGGCGGUGGAGGCCAGGCGUGGCCUGCGCAAAGAGAUGGAACGCCUGCGGGCGGAGUGCGAGCGGAAGGUUCGCGACGCUGGCGAGUCCAGCGGACGCCUCAGGCGGGAGCUGGAGCGCGAGCGGCAGCAGCGGGUGUGUGAUAGGGCCUGUGAGGCAGGCCGCCUGAGGGCCUCAUACUCCACCCAGAUCGAGGAGCUUCAAGUGCAGCUCCAGCAGGCGGAGGUCGACCGGGAGCAGCUCCGAGAGGAGCUCCAGCGGGAGAGGGAGGCCCGGCAGAGUCUGGAGAGGGUGGUGCGUCGCCUCCAACAGGAGUUGCACCAGGGCAGCCCCAAAGCGGAGCGCGACGGGCGGGCCGAGGCCGAGGGCGGCUCGUAAGCGCCCCUCCCCCCCAGCCGCUUUCACGGACAGAACGAGCAUGUGGAGAAGAAAGAACAACAUUUACGGCAGCAGAAUAGAUAAACGAUUCAAACAAUUCUUAACGACAUUACAAAUACGUGCAUAUUACCUAUUCGUCUGUGGGCAGUUACAGAGGCAAAAAGAAUCAUGCAUGAACAGCACCGGCAGAGAUGGGAGGGGGCGUGGCUUAGGCACACCACGCCCCUACCUUCACCAUCCAAGCAGGGCAAGCAGAGUAGCUUUGCACGGAUGCCCGCCAGCGCAGAGGAGACCACAAUCCAGGAAGGCACAGCCAGCUGGGACCGACGCCCCGAUAGUUAGCUAAUCCCAGGAAUCUAUUUUGUUAUAAGCUAUUUAACAUUUACAAAGAUACUUGAAAAUAUAUGGAAAACAAAACUGUUUUCCGAGAACGAGAUGACCGUAGCAGAGAGCACCUGCUAGUGCCACUGACAUGUAGACAUGUAGGUAUUACAAAGACAGAACAUCCACAGGACGCGCUGUUUUCACUAUAUACCCUAAUAAUUACGGCGCUUCUAUCUAUGUUCAGUUUGGGUUUUUUUGUUGCAUCCAAAUAACCUGCAUGUGCGGCAUUGCCACAUAUGUCGCAGGCAGGAUUUUUCAUAUUAACAAACAUACAAAUUUGUUUUGUUUUUUAAAAUUUUAUUUCCUUGCUUUUCUUGUUUAGUAUACUUAUAGUAUUGGCUGUUAUUAUUGUGGACUUAAACCCAUAUUUUUCUCCCCUAAUUUCAGUAUCUUUUCCAAGUAUUAUUUUUUACUCGGUACAUUUCCGUGCUUUGUUGAACUGAGUAGUGCUGUGUAGAGUUUCGGUGAGUGUGUUGGUGACUUUGCUGUUCACACAUUCGCUCCAGAGGACUGAAGGCGCUUCAUCGGAUACCUGAUCGUUGGCGUGAACACACGCACUUCUGUUUCAAAAGUCCAUUUUUAAAGUCACUGGUUCUAGGGCUUCUUUAAGAAAAAAAAGUGUUUAAGAAAGAAACAUUUCUACUUAUAUACAAAAUAUGAAUAUAUAUUUUUUUACUCUACCAAAAAAAAAAAAAAAAAAAAAAAAGAUUGCACUUUGGGAAAAAAGAAUCGUACUGUGCAUUUUUCGCCCUCUGAUGUUUUUCAAAUCUCAGACAGUUUAAAAAGGUUUAAAAGAGCAUUUUCAUACAUUUGUUACGUAUGUAAAUACCACUUAUAGCACGAUAGAGGAUAAUUAUUGUAAAUAAGAUAGUUGUCAAUAUGUUGGCUUGCUUUACAUGUUAAUGUAGAAUUAUUGCUUUUGCUCUCAACCAAUAUAUGCUGUACGUUUGAGACUUUGAUAAUGUUAUUCUAAAACAAAAAAAGAAAGCAAAAUCUCACAUUUUCAUCUAGAGGGCAUUUAGCGUAUAGAACUCGUGUAAUAUAAUGUGGGGGGGGAGUUAGAGGAUUAUAUUUCUGGUUAAUUCCAGUUCAUUGGGAACUCACUUUAAUAAUCUACCAAAGCAACUUUUACGAUUUCUCAAGGGAAACCCCGAAUGGAUAACUGACGUUUUGUAAAUAAUAUCUGAUGCUUUUCUUCUACUUUUUUCUUAGUCCUCUUGUAUCAAGACUGAAGCGGAUUUGUUCAGUUUUACAGUAUAUUUUACCUUACAUUACUUAUUUAUUCUGGGUGAAUUUCUAGUUGCCCUUCUGUAUACUGCGAUCUGUUAGCUUGUCACUGUUGGUUUUUAUAGCUCCGCCCCCUCCCCGUGUAAGGGUUCGAGGGCACGCGAGCUGGUACUGCGCCCGCGCUCCUGUCCUGGGUUUAGUUUUGAUGUCGCUUCUUUUCCCGUCUCGUUUUCUUCUCUCUGCAUAUAAUACCCAUUAAACAAAAAUACAAUUA